AUGUUCGGGAUCGUCGCGUUGCUCGCAUUGGUUCCCACAGUCCUCAUCUUCAGGCUGACUUGCUUAGUGUUGACCGUGUCUGAUGUUAGCGAUUGUGCUUCUUCUAGCUUUAUCACGACGAUGAUCGCGGUAAUAUUCAGCGGGUCUAUCACCCUACUUUCCCUUGUUGGCGUAAUUCUGGUUCACCUGAAGCAGAGACGUGCCCGAUUGUCAAAGCCACCUCGCCACCUCCCGAACCGCCGAGAGGCCGAACCCAUGCGCGAGCGAGGUAAUAACGCACAAGGCAUGGCACCAUCGCGCGAGCGAGGUAAUAACGCACAAGGCAUGGCACCAUCGCGCGAGCGAGGUAAUAACGCACAAGGCAUGGCACGAUCGCGCGAGCGAGGUAAUAACGCACAAGGCAUGGCACCAUCGCGCGAGCGAGGUAAUAACGCACAAGGCAUGGCACCAUCGCGCGAGCGAGGUAAUAACGCACAAGGCAUGGCACGAUCGCGCGACGUGGGGCGACAAUCAAGAAAACAGAACUACACGAAUAACGAUUGGGGCUGCGAGACGUGCAGCGAAUGUGACCCUUGCUUACCAUUUGCCUUCGCAUGA